AUGAAAGAACAUGGUCAAAAAAAUGCGUCAUCUAAUCAUACAAAUCCACUGGUCCCCACUACUACAGGUUUAGUUCAAUUCAUUAUGGCCGACACAAAUUCCACCUCAAAAGAAAACAAACAUAUUGACAUGGAUAAAAAAGGAAUACCAAGGGCUGAGUUCAUCGAAGAUGUAGAUGCUUACAUGAAGGCCAACAAUUUUUCUACGCUUAUGGAAGCUGGGCGUUCUUUCGAAGAAUUAUAUCAAAAAUACAAAAUUAUUGAGCAGGCUCUAUUACAGCGUAAAAUAAGAUUAAUGCAACAAUUGCCGGAUAUACAGAAAACAUUGGCUGUUGUCCGACAACUACAAAAACAAAACACCAAUUUAGAUGUAACAUUUGAAAUAUCUAACCAGUUGUUUACUCGUGCUCAUAUUCCCAAAGCAGAUAGGGUUGGUUUAUGGUUGGGUGCCAAUGUUAUGUUGGAGUAUGAUCUUGAGGAGGCUGACAAAAUCCUAGUUGAAAAUGAACAAUCAGCUCAACAGUCCUUGCAGGAUGUAGAUCAAACAUUAGAAUUCCUUAAAAAUCAAACCACUACAGUUGAAGUCAAUUUGGCCCGUUUACACAAUCUGUCUGUAAAACGUGGGCGUCAAAAUCAGGCAUCUGAGGUAAAUACAUAA